AAGAUGGCACAAUAUCAUUGUCAACGUGUAACUGAUAGCGUUCGGAGUAAAAACAAAGAAGUUACAGAAAAUGAAGGCUGUCUUCGCUGCUGCUGUUCUGGCCACCAUUCUGGUUGCAGCCAACUGUGCGCCAUACCAAAUUGCUUACCUGGUUCCUGUGGAAGUGACCCGAGUCGCCCGAGCGGCCCAGUUCGGUGGUAGCGCAGCGAACGCAGGUGCCCAGAGCUUUAACGCUGGUGGAUUUGGUGGUGGCUUGUCUGGAAGUUCAGCAAACGCCGCCUCUCAGUCCUUCUCCGCCGGUGGCGGAUUUGGUGGAUUCCCAGGGUUCAGCGGCAGUGCAGCCAGCGCUCAGUCUCAGAGCUUCUCCAGCGGAGGUGGCGGUAGAUUCCCCGGAUUCGGUGGAUUCAGUGGAUCGGCUGCCAACGCUGGUUCCCAGUCAUUUAGCGGUUAGAUCUGUGUGGCCUUGACGCCUUGAUCAACGGUCCUGUACUUCAUUCUCAUUCUGGUCCCAGUAAGAUUUUGAGAAUCAUGAGCUUUGAUUAACUAAUUCUAGGAUGUAAUUCGAAGCGAGUCAGUUAUACACACAAUAAUUUAUGUACAUGCAUUUUUGGAAUUUAUGAAAUGCAACGAAGGGAGCUUAAGAUGAUUAUAUGUGAUAAAAUGUUUUCCACGAAAGAUCUUUAAACAUUAAAGAAAAAAAUUAAAAAAACAA